AUGACUGAAUCUACUCAACCGUGGACGGCUUUCAUAUCCUCUGAUAAAGCGUAUAAAGUGUUGAAAGACCUGAAGCAAAAAGGCUGGAAAAGCGAAGAGGGAGAUCAGUUCUUCCAAAAACGAAGACAAAGCGCCUUGGACCCAAGCCAAGCAGUAAAAGAAAGCUUCUACAAGAUGACGGCACAAAUUGGAAGAGGACUUGCAGAUGCAACACCGAUCUUCAAGUCAAAGUCUACAGGCCUCAAAGUCCUCGAUCUCUGCAUGGCACCAGGCGGCUUCACAAAGACGGCCGCAGAGGAUCUCUCACAGCCCGUGAUCGACGGCAUCACGCUUCCACCCGCAAUCGGCGGCUACGAAGUCCUCGCACAGAGAUAUUGCCGGGAAAUAAUCUAUGCCGAUAUCACGAUGUUUCCUACAGAGAUGGGAUACGAGGGACAGAUUCCAGACGGACAUCCCGAUGCGAACCAUUUCGACACUAGUCGGCCUUUGGGCAAUAACAUCUAUGACAUUGUGAUCUGUGGAGGAGCUGUAGGCAGAGAGCAUCCUAGGGAGGAAUACCGUCAAGACUGCGAAGCCCCACGGUUGACGACUUCCCAAGUGCUGUUCGCCAUGAAUCAUUUGAAAAAUGGCGGCUCGAUGGUUUUACUAUUGCACCGAGUUGAGCAGUGGGAUACUGUUUGCAUACUGAAUGCAUUCAAUCAGUUUUCGGAUAUCCGGGUUUACAAGCAUCCCAAGUGCCAUGCUAUCAAAUCGUCGUUCUACCUCGUUGCGACAAAUAUCAAUACCGAACAUCCUGCAGCAAGGGAAUCGGUGAUGUACUGGAGGAGUCUUUGGAGAUAUCUGACAUUCAAGGAGUUUGAGGAUAUCUCGGUGCCUGAGUCGAAUCUUUAUGGCUCUGAUGACGCCUUUGUUCAACGGUUGAUAAACGAAUUCGGUCCUCGGUUUUCGCAAAUUGCACGGCCUUUGUGGAAAUGCCAGGCCAACGCAUUGCGCAAGGCGUCAUUCAACAAAUAG